AUGCUCGUUACGAGCCACGCACCGAGGCUCGUCCGCAGGCCCGGUCAUGAGGCAAGGCUCGGCGGAGGGCCGAGGUUCCGUCCGCGCGAGCUUCUAGCGGACAGCGAUGGUGGUACUAUCAAGUUUGACCGUAGCACGGGGCAGAAAGUGAAAGUAUUCGAUGGGACUGACCGAGACGGCGACGAGGUGGAAAUUCUCGAAGAGGUUCCUCGCGCCUCCUCCAGCGCCGGUCCGGCCUACGACAGCAUGCAGCGGCUCGGCCGUCCGCGUCAUGGCCGCCACGGUAGUCGGGCGCCUCGACAGCACAGUGUGGUUCGAUACAGUAACCCGAUGUUGGACUCUAUAGCGGAGCAAAACGCGAAGAUGGGAGGCCCCCCGGGAGGGAUUUUGGCGGGAUACACUGACUCAGGAUCAGGUUCGGACGGUGGUUCGGUGAGUGAGGAGAGCGCAGGCGGUGAUUGGCCGAUGCUGGACGCCAUAGAUGAGCAAAACGGCAGGAUGGGAGGCUCGGAAUAUGGCUCGGACGGCGGCUUCGAAGGAGGCUGGGAUGGUGGCUUGGAAGGAGGUUCGGAAGGAGAGUCGGUUGACGGGUCAGAUGGAGGUUGGGAAGAUGGUUCGGAUGAAUUUUGGGAAGAUUUUUCGGGCUCGAACUGGUACGACGGCUCGGAUGCAGGCUGGGAUGACGGCUCGGGUGGAGUCUGGGAUGAUGGUUCCGAAGGAAGCUGGGAUGUAGGCUCGGGGGAAGGCUCGGAGGAUGGCUGGGACGAUGGUUCGGACGGAGGUUGGGACGACAGCUCGGAGGGAGGCUGGGACGAUGGUAUGGGAGGUUGGGAUGAUAGCAGCAGCGAUGGCAACAGCACAUGGGAGGGCGACUACGGGAGUGACGACUACGGGAGUAACGACUAUGGGAGUGGAGGUGACGAGUAUUUCGCUGAACCUUCCGAUGCAGAGGACUCGCUUUAUCCCAGUGGCGGCGACUAUUACACUGCUGACAGUGCCGACAGCACUGCCGCACUCAAGCCCAUGGUCCCUCGCACUGCUGCUACUCGCCGCCCGCCACGCGCCAUGGCACGUCCCACGCCUGUUCCUCCGAACCAAGGUACCCGAGCCAAGCCGGUCAAACGCCAAGCCGGGGCUCGAGGCUCGGGCUCUCAAGCCAAGCUGGUGAAGCGUCCGGGAAACUACCACGGCGGUUCGGCCCAUGCCACGCCUGGCCACCACAACGGCAAACCCCGUCCCUCUGCCCACGUGGCAGCAAACCAGCACGCUGCAGCUCUGGUGGAGGAGUGGUUGCCACUCCAGGUGGCGGCAGUGGCGGCAGUGGUGGCACCGGUAGCACCGGCAGCACCGGUAGUGGUGGCAGCACCGGUAGUGGUGGCAGCACCGCGCCCCUCCUCCUACCACCACACCUCCCACCACCCCUCCCCCCCACUACCACUCCUCCUACCACCCCUCCCCCCUCCACCACUCCUCCAACCACCCCUCCCCCCACAACCACCCCUCCCCCCCACAACCACCCCUCCCCCCACCACCACUCCUCCCACCACCCCUCCCCCCACAACCACCCCUCCCCCCACUACCACCCCUCCCACAAUCCCUCCUCCCACCACCACUCCUCCUCCCACCACCGCUCACCACCUGCGCUGCGGCGUGGCCCCAGGCUCACUCCUCAACGCACUCAACUGGGCGUGUGGGCCCGGCGGCGCCGACUGCUCCUCCAUCCAGCCGGGCGGGGCGUGCUUCCAGCCGGGCAACCUCGCCCUGCACGCGUCAGUGGCCUUCAACUCCAUCUUCCACUCCCACGCGCACCGCCCCGGCUCCUGCUUCUUCGGAGGCAAUGCCGUGGUGGUUCCACAUGUGCCCGACUACGCUGCCGGCCCGGCCGCCUGCACCUUCCCGUCGUCCAACGGCCAGUUCUGCGUUGCUGCCUGCCAGGAGAUCCCUGACCCCUACUCUCCCCCUCCGGGCCUCGUUCACCCCGUAUACCCCCAAUACUCCCCCGAGCCGGAUUACCCCCCCAGAGGUGUCGUGGCGCCGGGCGGAGGCGGUAGGGGUGGCUGCGCGGCAGACAUGGGGGCGGUGCAGAGGGCGCUGGACUGGGCGUGUGGGCCGGGCGGGGUGGACUGCUCUCCCAUACUGCCGGGAGGGGCGUGCUGGCAGGGAGAUGGUGCGCUGGUACAGCAUGCGUCUCACGCCUUCAAUGCAUACUUCUACCGUCACAACCACCAGCCUGGAACGUGCUUCUUUGGUGGUACUGCGGUGGUCGUCCCCCGCGUGCCUGACUAUGCUGCUGGCCCGCCCGCCUGCACCUGGCCCUCGGGUAACAGCCAGUACUGCGUCGUGGGGUGCUGA